AGGGACUUCACUUGGUGACAUGUUAUUUCAUUAUUAACAUUUCUUUCUACAAAUCGUAAGCCAGUCUCUUGUCAAAUAUGACUGUUUUGACGGGCAGUCAUUGGGGCCUCCUUUCUCUCUGCAUUUUUGUUAUUGCUGGCCAGUGUGUGUUUGUUAGAUGCAAUGUCAUUCAAGAAUUUCUACCAAGAGGGGUGAGUGCUUAUGGUGACGGUCUUGAAAAUGGCCAGCUCCUUCAGAUUCCAAUAGUUGAUGCUGAUCAUCCUCUGAUGUUCUCAUUCUUCGCAAAUGUCACAAAAGGUUGUAGUUGGACUAACGUCACACUGUUUCUCCGGCACGAUGGGUUGCCUAUUGUCAAUAUUUUUAAUGCCAGCUAUCCCAAUUUCACUUGGAUUUAUCAGCCGGUCGACUACGAGGAGAACUUCUUCAGUGACGGUCUAGAACAACGUUUGACUAUUUAUCCUCGCAAACCUUCUUCGGUUAUUUUUGGUGCUGUUUUUGUUUUAGAGGAUUUUGCGCGCAUCCAACAACAAGGGUUGACAAAAUCGUGCACGACUCUGUUUUGGGGUAGAGUUGAAACUCUUCCUCUCAACGCUAGUUCAUCAAUAGUCAGCUGGGAUGUUGAAGAAACUGCCUACAGAUUAGUGAGAAAAAGUUAUGCCCAGCCACUCAAUGUCAAAUGGGUAUUGGACCAAGAUAAUGAGGCUGGCAAUAUUACUGCUAGCACGGAAUCCGUUCUUGAUCUCGAAUCCAAUGAUCUCCCGACCGUUAUAUCUUGGACUAUUUUUUCCCCUGUGGAUAUAGGAGGAACUCUACAAGUCGAUAUAAGGUUCAAUGAGAGUGAAAGUAACAGUAGCAUAUUCGGCUAUCUCACUUACGGAACACCAGAUAACCUGAACGGAACCCGAUUUAGUGCUAAUAGCUCCGACGUGAAUCCUAAGGCAACAGUCAUUGUUCCUUAUCCGCUUGCUGGCAUUUGGUACCUGUCCCUUUACUCCAACUGCACAGGAUGGAAUGAGACUGAAUGUCAGCGAAACAUUUCAGUUAAAAUUCAGAUUUCAUUAUCGCCCUGUAAAGAAGGUGCCUGUGGGCCUCACGGCCGCUGCAUUCAGUAUUUCUCUGCUGGAUUAAUCUAUUCUGCUUGUGUUUGCUCGAGUGGUUUUGCUGGUUGGAGUUGUAGUGAUGGCACGAACGCUCUAUCGACCACAAUACUUCUAACCUCCGUCCUUCUCCUGACGCUGAGCAACCUGUUUUUCAUUCCGGCAAUCGCCCUUGCCUUUCGAAGAGGCUUUUAUUCGCAGUGCAUGUUGUAUUUCGUAACGAUGUUUUUCUCCUCGUUUUAUCACGCUUGUGAUCAGCCAGAGUUCAAUUUUUGUCUGAUGCCGUAUACUGUUCUCCAGUUUGGCGAUUUCUACGCGGCAUUAACCUCAGUUUGGUUAACUGCCUUUAUCGUAGCUAACCCCAGUGUCAGUGAAGAGAUCUCUAGUGCAAUAUGUAUUGCCGGGGCGGUUGGCAUAGCUAUGGCAGUUCACUACAAUCCUACGUCAUUCGCUUCAUUUACCAUACCGAUUGUUUGUGGCCUUGGUCUCAUUGCGGUCUGCUGGACUCGUCACAGCUGCCACAUGCACAAGUGUUACCCGGGCAAGUCCUAUUGUUUGAAGGCUGUAUUACCGUGCUUAUUGUUCGCCAUUGUUGGAUUGGUUUGUUUCGCUUUCCUCGAAACGGAGGACAAUUAUUUUUAUGUUCACAGUAUCUGGCAUAUUUCAAUUGCGCUAGCUAUAGUCUUCGUCAUCCCGCGUGGGAGUAAAAGUGUGGACAUCACGAAAACCUCUUCUAAUCAUCAUGAACCUCUCUCGCAAUUAGAAUAGCUAAGACGAAUAGCAGUCAUUUAAAAAAAAGUUUUCGCAUUAAGUAAGUUAUGAAAAAAAAAUUAUCUAUCUGUUUUCUUGCAUUUAAACCUUUUCAAAGUUAUAUUUGAUUCAAGUUCAGUCAUCGUGGUAGAGCUUAGAGUGUAGGACGAUGCAUCAUGCACGUUUUUUAUUUGUUUAUUUUUAUUCACUUUUUUUUAAAGAGAUAUCCACAAUCUAGACACGAGGUAUCCCUUUCUAGUUAGUUAAGAAUUCCGCACCGCUGGGCAGUAGUAGGCUACUUCUUUUAUCUGCAAAUAAAUGUUUUCCUCCUUUAAAAAAA